UACGUGAUAAUUUGGCAAAAGGGCUACCAAAGCACAGAUAACGUUGAGGGUUCAGCCACAUCGAAACUAAAAGGAGUUGCUUACACAAAUAUAUCCAAUUCUUCAGACCUCAGGACACCGUUUCCAGAGAGAUACAAUAGAGUGUGGGACGUCUCAGAUUACGUCAUACCUGCACAGCAAACAAACGGGUUUUUCGUCAUGACAAAUAUGGUCUUAUCGCCAAUGCAAUCAAGGGGAUCAUGUCCAGAGGAUCCCGAUAUUGAUAGAGAUACAUGCACGUCUGAUGAUGAAUGUACACCAGACGAGGGUAUCAUAACAGGAAAUGGUAUCAAAACGGGUAGAUGUGUAAAUACAACACAUCCAGAGAGCAAAGAAUCAACCACAGUAUGUGAAGUUAGAGCAUGGUGUCCUGUAGAAGUCGAUGUAAGACCUCUACGGAGAAGAGCAAUUUUAGAAGAAGCUGAAAAUUUCACAGUUCUUAUCAAGAAUUCUAUAUCGUUUCCUAAAUUCAGAUUUGUCAAGAGAAAUAUUUUAGAUACCACGGACCCAAUGUAUCUAAGAUCGUGUCGAUACAGUCGGCUGAGUGACCCUCUGUGCCCUAUCUUCAGAUUAGGAACUAUUGUGUCAGAAACAGGACAAAGCUUCAAACAAAUGGCUAUUAAGGGCGGGGUAAUAACCAUCGACAUUCAAUGGAACUGCAAUUUAGAUAUGUCCUAUAACCUCUGUUUGCCCAAAUAUCGCUUCAUACGGGCGGACGAACAAGAUGCAAAGAUAGCCGGCGGCUUUAAUUUCAGCUACCUCGACACACCACUCAGAGUAGGAUUUGGGAAAUUCUACAGAAUCAACAACACGGAGUACCGAGACUUGACCAAGGCCUACGGGAUACUCUUCCAAGUCAAGAUCACCGGGGUCGCCGGCAAGUUCGACAUCGUACCGCUCAUGUUAAACUUUGCAUCGGGCGUUGCUCUCCUCUCAUUGGCUACUGUCAUGUGUGAUGUCGUUGUACUAUAUCUUCUUAAAAAGAGGAAAUACUACAAAGAAGCAAAAUUUCAGAACGUAGCAAAUAAUGAGAACGGAGCGCAGAAGACAUAUGAGGCCUUUGUUGAACUAUUGUUCUUGAUGGACGACUAAAAUCACGGUCAUUACAUCAAAAACACAACACAGUGUUGCACAUGUGGGACUAGUGCUAGAUGCGAAACCCAACACUACUACAUCUUCCAUGGAUGAAAUCAAGCAGGCUCGUUCCAUCGCACUUCACAAUAGUCGGCAAUAAUCAUCAUAAACCAUCUCACAAUCACGACAUAAAUUCGUGAGGUAGCUGCAUUGUGUGAGCAAGCCCUUGUGACAUCCCUCCCCAUCUCACAGCUUAACAACAACCACCAAGACC